AAGAUGCUUAGUGAAGCAGCUUGAAAAAGGUGAUGUUAACGUCGUAGACUUGAAGAAGAAUAUUGAAUAUGCAGCAUCUGUGUUGGAAGCAGUUUAUAUCGAUGAAACAAGAAGACUGCUGGAUACCGAAGAUGAGCUCAGUGACAUUCAGUCAGAUUCAGUCCCGUUGGAAGUCCGAGACUGGUUGGCUUCUACCUUCACACGGAAAAUGGGGAUGAUGAAAAAGAAAUCUGAGGAAAAACCUAAGUUUAGGAGCAUUGUGCAUGCUGUUCAAGCUGGAAUUUUUGUGGAAAGAAUGUACAGAAAGUCCUAUCACAUGGUUGGUUUGGCAUACCCAGAAGCUGUCAUAGUAACAUUAAAGGAUGUUGAUAAAUGGUCUUUUGAUGUAUUCGCCUUAAAUGAAGCAAGUGGAGAACACAGUCUGAAGUUUAUGAUUUAUGAACUGUUUACCAGAUACGAUCUUAUCAACCGUUUCAAGAUUCCUGUUUCUUGCCUAAUUUCCUUUGCAGAAGCUUUAGAAGUUGGUUACAGCAAGUACAAAAAUCCUUAUCACAAUUUGAUUCACGCAGCUGAUGUCACUCAAACUGUGCAUUACAUAAUGCUUCAUACAGGUAUCAUGCACUGGCUCACUGAGCUGGAAAUUUUAGCAACAGUCUUUGCCGCUGCCAUUCAUGAUUAUGAGCAUACGGGAACCACAAACAACUUUCAUAUUCAGACAAGGUCAGAUGUUGCCAUUUUGUAUAACGAUCGCUCUGUCCUUGAGAAUCACCAUGUGAGCGCAGCUUAUCGACUUAUGCAAGAAGAGGAAAUGAAUGUCUUGGUCAAUUUAUCCAAAGAUGACUGGAGGGAUCUUCGGAACCUAGUGAUUGAAAUGGUUUUGUCUACAGACAUGUCAGGUCACUUCCAGCAAAUUAAAAAUAUAAGAAACAGUUUGCAGCAGCCUGAAGGAAUCGACAGAGCCAAAACCAUGUCCCUGAUUCUCCAUGCGGCAGACAUCAGCCACCCAGCCAAGUGCUGGCAGCUGCACUACCGGUGGACCAUGGCCCUGAUGGAGGAGUUUUUCCUGCAGGGAGAUAAAGAAGCUGAAUUAGGGCUCCCAUUUUCCCCACUUUGUGAUCGGAAGUCAACGAUGGUGGCCCAGUCACAAAUAGGUUUCAUUGAUUUCAUAGUAGAGCCAACAUUUUCUCUUCUGACUGACUCAACAGAGAAAAUUAUUAUUCCUCUUAUAGAGGAAGCCUCAAAAACCGAAAAUCCUUCCUAUGGAGCAAACAGACGAUCAAAUAUGAAAGGCACCGUGAACGAUGGAACCUACUCCCCAGACUACUCCCUCGCCAGCGUGGACCUGAAGAGCUUCAAAAACAACCUGGUGGAUAUCAUACAACAGAACAAAGAGAGGUGGAAAGAGUUAGCCGCACAAGGAGAACCUGAUCUUCAUAAGAACUCAGAAGAUCUAGUAAAUGCCGAAGAAAAACAUGCUCAUAUGCAUUCAUAGAUUUGAAACACUUUAAAGGCUUCUGUCAUUUUAACCAUGAGAGGAUAAUGAGAACAGCACUAAAACAUCUUAAAUCCUCAACUUUCCACAAAGCUAUAUUCUCCUCUUUCAACGCACUCUUGGAUCAGGCCAUUUUAUGGACUCCUAUAUAAGGAAUUAAUAAGAAGAGCAUAAAUUCCAAGCUACUAACUGUGGCCAAAUAAAUACACUCAAAGUUGCUAUCCGCGUUUUUGGCCAGUGCUUCUGCCAUUGUUUUUCCUCCACAAUUUGGCCUUCUUCAAUCAAGCCAGAGAAAUUUUUAAGACAGAAGUUGGACAGUUUUAAAUUUUCAUUACUUUGAACCCAGUUAUAGCAUAGGUGACUAUGCAAUACACAUGCAGAAGAUGAGGCAUUUUUAAAAUUUGCUUUCUUGCAUUGUUUUACACAGAGUGCUACAACUGCAAAUUUUUCAAGGUCUUGUGUAAAAGGAAAGCAAAAACAAAAUUAUGGAAAAAAUAUUUUUUACAGUUCUGAGGAACAAGCUAUUUAGAUUGUCCUUGUUAUUUUAAGUACAUGGGAACAAAAUGAGAGGCGGGGCUGUUCAGAAGCUGUGGUUGAAGUCCUACGACAGCAAUGGAGCAUCACAGCCCCGGCUCUGUGACCUAACGAACUCUUCAUUGUAACUCUCAAGCUGGGAAACCGCAGCGAAGCCUGUCCCUGAACCCAGUGGACCAGCUGCAUCCAACCUCGUGGUUUCAAAGCAGUAACACAUCACAUACACGGUCAUAGUCACGACGCAAGUCACACGUUACCUACAAUCCGAGAGAACAAG